AUGGCUGCUCCGCUGUUGAGCAUAAGUACCAAGGAGCACACCUUUGAGGCCCAGUUCCAUCCAUCACGUGCCUUGGUGGCCUGUGCCACCAUCACCGGGGAGGUGGAGCUCCAUAGCUUUGAUCUUGACCAAUGUAGUGAGGAAUUGUCCCAGACCAUCACUGGUCAUAAGCGCUCCUGUCGCGCAGCCAAAUGGAUGUCAGAGUCCAUCUUGGCCUCGACGGGUGCUGACAAGUUGGCGCUGCUGAGCGACUUGGAAAGCGACAAGCAGGUAUGGCGGUGUAAGCUAAAGUCUGCAGGCUAUUGCCUCUUGCCCUUGGACGAUCAGCGUUUCGCGGUAGGCGAUGACGACGGAGGUCUCCGAAUCUUCGAAGGUCGGCAGCCGAAGGCUACGGUCAGUUGGUUCGAGAACAACGAUUUCAUUGCCGACCUUGCCAUGGGCACAGACGGCACCAGCCUUUGCGCAGCAUCUGGAGAUGGCACCCUCGCAGUGUAUGACAUCCGCAAGAGCGGAGAGAAGGAUCCUCACUUCCUCACUUUCGCCUGCUGCAUGAAGCCACCGCUCGGAGCAAGAUUCUGGUAUGGUGACUAUCGCAGUUCACCAUGCUAUCAGCAGAUAGUUCCAUAG